CAGGAGUUGGUGGUUUGGUCUUUUGGAGUUGGUGAUUUUGGCACUUCCAGACCCUUCCCAGAGACACCUCAGCUGCGCUCCUUUCCUUUGGAAUUUCUCGGGAUUGGCCUAGAUGUUGGCCUGGUCGAGGGGCGCUCUCAUCGUUGUAAACCUGUUUCUUGGAGCGGUGUUGCCGGGUGGUUGGUUUCAUGUUGUUUCUAUAAAGAUAAAUCUUCAUUUGCUUUGCCAGAGACUCGUUGAAUUCGCGGCAUUGCCAAGAGAGCCCUUGGAAGUUUAAGUGGCUUCUGCUUUCAUGAUAAUUGCCCCACCAUCCUGAAGCGGCAGGAGGAUCCUUUGCGUCACCAGGCUGGUGAGCUGAGAAACAAGGCUCUGGAGUGGCGGUUGUAUCAAAGAAGAACACCUUUUCGGAAAUCAAAAAAGAGCAACGUUUGGCACAUUUCCCACAGGAAGCACGUGCUCGAGGACCCGCCUAAGGACCAUUUUGUCGGGUGGCGCUACCAGCUCCCUGGGGUGGCCCACCGGUCGAAGCAUUCGGAAGACGACGACCAUGGUGGACGCCUAUGGAGAGACCCUACACUCCAGCGGUCCCAGCUGCAGCUGCAGCAGAAAAAGCUCCACGCUGUUCCACCUCAGCUGUCCACCUUCAGUCGCUCCAGCCGACCUGGAUUCACCUCACUUCCUCCGCUUGCACCACACGCCGCCUCGCCUGCCUUUGCCGCGAAUGAUGAGCAAUCCUUGCAACCUCGUUUUGACACCAAAGUUUGUGCGGGCUUUCGCACAGAGCAUCUUUAUCAUUUGGCCACUUUUGCGCUUGGUGAUCGAAACGGGCAGACCUAUGGAAGAUCUUGUUUGAUGCAUCCAUGAACUCGGUUUGGUGUCGUGUGUAGUCGGCCACUUGGUCAAAGAGCUUUCUGAGCAAGAGAGAGUGGCGUGUUUUUUUCUUGAGACACACCUGGCUGGGUCACCUCGGAAUCUUCCAUCAUUUUUGAUCGAGACUCAGACGGCGUGCAUCCGGGAGUCAUUGGGAUCUCUUGCAGAGCUACUCUGGCUGCGCAUGUUUGGAUCCAAACCGUUGAGAUUGACUGCCUUUGCUCAAAGGUCCAGCUUUUGAGCCACUUUUUGAGCCUUGACGGGCGGGAGUGACAGCUUCGAAGAAGUGCGACUUGGUCGCUGCUUGGGAGGUCGACUCUGGGUCACUUUCUGGUCACUCUGGUUCUUGCUAGCUGCCAGUGCAAGCAAGCAGCUUUGCGGCGCCUUUGUUCGAUUUCGGAACGGCCUUGCUGAACUCUGACAGAGAUUUCUCAGAUCUGUCUUUCAUGCUCUGUUCCGCCACUCGACGAUCGGCG